ACUAAUUUUGUUCCGUAUGUAGUCUCCUAGUAAAAUAUCUAAAAAAAACUUAUAUUUAGGAACGGAGGGAGUACAAUACAAAUAUGACGACAAAAUGUCCAGGUUAGGGAAUAACAAACGAGAACCACAACUGGUUGGGAGAAACAAACCACCCUAAACUUAUGGGCAUGCAUCAAAGCCCUUUCCACCCUAAAUGAUGUGUGCGGUCAGGAGACAGUAGCAGCUUCCUGGUAUACCAUUCCGAAAAAUCCGGGCGCAUCUGCAGCAGACAAUGCCCACUUCUUCCUCCAACUUCCUUACAAACCACUUCCUAUCACAUCCAAGUUUUUUUUCUCUGAGACGUAGCUUUGUGAUAUUACUUACCGGCAUUGUUCAUCCUGGGGAAGGGGCUGCGAGGAAGAUGGAGAUCGUUGCCAUCGCGCUUAUUCUGGCGACGAUGCUUGCCUCCAAGGCCGUGGCACAGAACAACGGCUGCUCGAGCGUGAUGAUGACUCUAUCCCCAUGCCUUGACUUCAUCGGGAGCAAAGCCCUGGCGCCUGGCUUCUCCUGCUGCACCACCCUCGCCGGCGUCGUCCAGACCGACCCCCGAUGCCUCUGCAUGGUUCUGGAUGGCACCGCAGCGUCCUUUGGCAUCGCCAUUAACCACACGAGAGCCCUGGAGCUCCCUGGCUUCUGCAAGGUCCAAGCACCGCCGAUUAGCCAAUGCACCGCCAUCCCAGUUCCUCCAGCAAUAGCGCCAGAAGACCCGCCGGAGGGGACGAGCGACCAAUUCGUAGAUGCACCUAAAGGGAGCCCGAAUUCGAAUGCAACAUCAAGCUCCAGGAACUCAAAGAAUGCAGCAAAUUUGAUGGUCACUGUGCUUAUACCUGCAUGUGCAUUAAUCUAUGUCUUCUAAGUGUUGCACAGUUUCAUUUUCACAAUGUCAUGUGGGAGUUGGAUGUUCUGCAGCCUUUGUAUUAAAUGAGAAGAAGAUUACAAUACCAUUUAGUAUGAUAUAUCUUUCCGAUGAGUCUCAGAAAAAGUUGGUGUGUCAUUCAGUAUAAGAAGCCGAUUAACUCCAGCGGAUGUGCAUAACAUGAAUUAACAGGUAUAACUAGCUACGGUGACAUAACAUUUUUUGUCAAGCUUACUUUGCCUGGGAUUUUUCGAGUUAUUAAACUGGUUUGCAAGUAAUUAUUUGAGGUUUCGUCUGUGCAUAAUAACAUGAAUGAAGUGUGUAUAGAAUAGCUGCAGUGAUGUAACAUGUUUUUAGAAGUAAAUUUUGCCUGCAGAUUUUUAACUUACCAAACUGGUUUGCAUGGAACCAUUUGAGAAUUGGUUUGUGCAUAACAUUAAUUAAUUUAUACUACUCCCUCUGAUCCAAAUUAAUUGACGCGGCCUCUAUACAACGUUAAAUGGACACUGUAAAGAGGCUGUGUCAAUUAAUUCGGAUCAGAGGGAUUUCCUCUUUUCCAUAAGUUGUCCCACAUGGUGGCACAUAAUUGAAGUAAUAUUUGAUGGAAUAUCAUACUUGUUCUCACUAGAUAUAUUAGUAGUAUGCCCAUUUCACGAAAGCGAAAACAACAAGAUUCCACCAGAUAUCACUUACUUAUUUGGCUUCCUAGGUAUGCAUAAGAGACAGAUGCUGUGAAACAAAGGAUGUAUAAAAUAGCUGCAGUGACAUAACAUUUUUUUUUUAAAUAUACUUUUCCUUGGGAUUUUGACUUACCAUAUGUACGGUAUAUUGCCUAGAGUAAAAUGCAUCAUAAGUCCUAAUUUUGCACAAAACACCCCAAAUUUUCUGUUCUUAUUAUUUAGUGGCCCCUCCAUCCCUCCCUCCACCAACUGCUCUCCCAAACCCACUCACAUCACAUCUCAAUACCGAAUCAGCCAUGGAGGAGCUCCCGCUGCGCCACGUCAGCUACAGCCUACAGCCGCUUAUCAUGGCCAACAGUGUUGUCGAGUACGUGUUGUCGUUGUGGUGCUAAGGUCCAGGCUGAGUAAGCCUCACCAUCAUCUGCGUCACUCAAACCAAGUCAUUCACACACACGAGCACAAUACAACUCCAGGCACACAGUCAGGAGUCACAAUCAACUAACUGGAGCAAACAAUGAUGAGAAUCAUGAGCCCGUUUAAGCAGAGAGAUGGUCGGAGAGAAGAAAAUACCAAAAAAGAUGGCCAUGUGGCGU